UGACUCAACUCAACCGAGAAUAGCAUGGCAGCGGAAGCCAGCAAGGCAGAGCAGGGUUGCUGCACUGCAAGCACGGCUCCUUCUUUCGUCGGCGAGGCGAAGGCGAUGCUGAGUAUAUAAACAGGAUGAGGAGGAGGACGACGAAAUCAAAUGGGAGUGAUAUUAGUGUGAGUGCGAGAGGCACGACGACUCACCACCGAGGGAGGAGCCACACCUGACACAGAUAGGGAUGCGUGCCAGGGAUUUGCACCCGCUCUGCUGCCUCCCAACCGACUGCCCCGGCGGAGGAUGGUGCGCCGCCGGGGACCAAUCCCCUCCCCCACCGCCCGAGGAGGCGCCGGCCGUGGCCGGGGUGCUCUACAAGUGGACCAAUAUCGGCAAGGGAUGGCGCCCGCGCUGGUUCGCCAUCCGUGGCGCCGUCCUCGCCUACUCCAAGAUCCGCCGCCGCUCCACGCCCGCCGAGCCCGCCGCCGCCAGGUUGAUUGGGCCCGCCGAAUGCGGCGAGGACCGCCCGAUUGGCUUCGUGCAUCUUAAGGUCUCCUCAUUCCGUGAAAGUAAGUCAGAUGAUAGGCGGUUCUACGUAAUUACUCCAACCAAGACACUGCAGUUGAGAACAGACUCUGCAAAGGACCGAGUGGCUUGGAUUGAAGCCCUUGUUUCUGCUCGAGCUGAAUAUUCUCCCAAUGGGGGUUUAUUAUGUGACCAGAAUGAUGUAUCAUUUUCAACAGUGAGGCUCAGAAAUCGCAUGCAUGCAGAAGGCCUUGGUGAGGAGAUUAUUAAAGACUGCGAACAGAUUGUCCAUUCAGAAUUCUCACAGUAUUAUGCACAGAUGAAACAACGCUGUGAAGAAUAUUUAAGCUUUCUCGGCAGUCUUCCACGAGAGCUUGAGGUACUUAAUGCAGAAGAUACUGCUAAUGUCGUUGAGCUGCAUUCUCGCUUGAUGAAACCUGAGUGCUCCUGCUCUGGCCACGGAAAAUGUAGUGAGAGCAGCAAUACAGAGUCUUCUGAUGAUGCUGGGCGACAGGAGUUAGAUGAUCUGUCAGAUGAUGAUGACUAUCAUUUCUAUGAUACAAGGCAGAGUUUCAGUGAUUCAGCAGCAAGUCCCAACUUGAACAUAAAAAGUUCAAAUUCUGACAAGGAUAACUGUCUCCAUGGUAAUAAAUUUGUAGAACCAAUGGCUGGUGAGAGAAACAAUGAAGACUUGUCGUUGUCUUCACUACGCCGCACAAAAUUGCCUGAUCCAGUUGAGAAGGAAAAGGGUGUAAGUCUUUGGUCAAUGAUCAAGGACAAUGUUGGAAAAGAUCUGACACGAGUAUGCCUGCCUGUUUACUUUAAUGAACCAUUAUCAUCUCUUCAAAAAUGCUUUGAAGAUUUGGAAUAUUCUUAUUUGCUGGAUCAUGCAUAUCAAUGUGGUCUAAAGGGGAACAGUUUGAUGAGAAUUUUAUAUGUUGCUGCAUUUGCGGUCUCUGGAUAUGCUUCCUCGGAUGGCCGCCCCUGCAAACCUUUCAAUCCAUUGUUAGGUGAAACCUAUGAAGCUGAUUACCCUGAAAAUGGAAUCCGUUUCUUCUCGGAAAAGGUUAGUCAUCAUCCAAUGGUCAUGGCUUGUCAUUGUGAAGGGAAAGGUUGGAAAUUUUGGGGAGACAGCAAUGUAAAGAGCAAAUUCUGGGGCCAGACAAUCCAGCUGGAUCCUGUUGGAGUUUUAACUCUAGAAUUUGAUGAUGGAGAAACUUUCCAAUGGAGUAAGGUUACAACAACAAUUAAUAAUCUUAUCAUCGGUAGAGUUUAUUGUCAUCAUCAUGGUACGAUGAACAUAAGCGGGAACAGAGAAUAUUCAUGCAAGCUGACGUUCAAACAGCAGUCUUUCCUUGAACGGAGCCCUCGCCAGGUUCAAGGAUUUGUCACGGAUGUUAAUGGUGCCAAGGUUGCAACCCUACUGGGGAAGUGGGAUGAGAGAAUGUACUGCACCACUUCCAAUGAUGCCUCCAGAGUAAAUUGCAGUGCAUCAGGUCUGAUUGCAGAUGCCACUCUGCUGUGGAAGAAAAAUGAACCUUCUGCUAACCCCACACGAUAUAACUUGUCAUCAUUUGCAAUAACUCUAAACGAGCUGACUCCAGAACUCAAGGAGAAGCUUCCACCGACAGAUUCUAGACUUAGACCAGAUCAGCGACAUCUAGAGAAUGGCAAGUAUGAUAAGGCCAAUGCUGAGAAAUUGCGUCUGGAGACAAGGCAACGAAUGGCACGGAAGAUGCAGGAGAAUGGCUGGAAACCAAGAUGGUUCCAAAGGGACACCGAGGACGGGACAUUCCGCUACACUGGAGGCUACUGGGAGGCAAGAGAACAGGGGACAUGGGCUGACUGUCAUGAUAUAUUUGGUGAACUUUCGGACAACCGAAAGUUGCAGACUUGUCAGUCUGGUUAGAUCAAAUAUGUAGCUAAUCUAGUAACUGAUAUCAUGAAAUGAAUCACUGGAAUGAAAGUAUAUCUUAUUACCGUC